AUGAGACGGAGGUUCCUCAUGGUGGCCCGAAGGAGCCGAGAGGAGCUGCCAGCAGAGGGCGCCACCUGCUCCCCCGGCGGCCAGGGCCGCGCACACGCCGCCCGCAGCGCCACCGCCCGGAAGGUGCGUUUGCAGUUUCGUUCCUCGUCUCAGAUUCCAGUCUCCAGCACGAUACACCCCGUGGACUGGUCCCGCAAGCAGGCAGGCAAACAGCUCCCCGCAGAAUUCACGGGCUCAUCCCGCACGACCCCCUGGAAAACGGGCACCCUGGCCACGGAUGGCGAAGCCCAAACACCCCGUCAGAGUCCAGCCCCGCUGCCUCCCAAGCCCGCCCCCCGGGGGCUCCAGGGGACCCCGCCCAGCGGAGCCCCGCGGCCACAGGCCGGCCCGCGGGACCCGCACAGCCUGAGGCGCGCGGGCGUCGCCCGGGGCACGCCCCCUCCAGCAGCCCCGCCCGCCAUCUUCCCGCCUCCGGUCCCGCGGAGCACCCCCGGCGGCGGCCGCACCAACCGCGGGGCUAGCGCGCCCCUCACGCCUGGCCCCGCCCCCACGCCCCGAACGCCAGUCCCGCCCCCGUCCGCGCGCCCCCGCGCCCUGGCCCGCACCGCCCCCACCCGCGCGCCCCCGCGCCCUCAGCCCCCGCCCCCGCCCGCGCAGGGGCGCGCGCCGCGCUCUCUUACCUGGGUGCCAAUCUUCAUCACACUGACAAGCGGCUGCAGCAAUCGGGACCCGCAGUGCCGCGCCCGCGUCCAACCGUCACGCCGACGCUGGGCCACGCGACACAGCCUCGCUCAAUGGGAGGAGGGCGACGCCGACGCGCGCCGCAUCAAUAUUCAGAGCGGGGGCGGGGCCUGCCGGGCCCGUGCCCUGCCCAGUCCCUGCGUCUCAGCGGCGCGGGGCGGAGCCUGCGCUCUGGGGGUGGGGAGCGGGGCGGGGGCGGCUGGCAGCCGGCCCCGCCUCCGCAUCGCUCCCGAUCCAGGCCCCGCCCCUAGCGGACUGAGAUUCCCGCCUCUUGACUGUGCAGCUGAAGGCGUAACCUGGGCGCGCGCCACGCCCCCUCCGCUCGCUCUCCUGCGGCGGGGAGAGAUUUGUGGAGCUGCUCGGGUGGGCGGAACCAUCCGCCGCUGCCCUAUGGGGAAGGCGGGCCGUACCAUCGCGGGAGGAGGCGCCGGCACCUCUCCGUGCGCCGGGCGGCUGGUGGGCCCGGGACGAUCUCGGCCGCCCUGGGAGGCCCCCCGACGCUGGGCCGCGUGGGCGUCCGGCCGCUUAUCCUCCAAGCCUGCGCGCGCCGCCUUUGUGUGCAGGCCCGCGGCCGCCCCUCGCCUUCUUCCCGGUGGGAGCGAGCCCGGGCCGCACAGCCGGUGCUCACGAGUGCCCCACGCCGCGGCGGCAGGUGUGUGCGGCGCCCGCGGUCUCUGCCCUGCGACGGGCCUAGCCCCGGGCGCCGUGUGUCCCGGUGUGCGGGUUCCACCCAUCGCUGCAGGCGCCCUGUCCCGGCGCUCUGCCCUCACUACACCUGUCCCCCAGAAGAGACCAUUGUGUAGUCAAGAGCCCUGGGCCAGUGGCCCGAAGUCCUGGGUGUGAAGCCUGGCUUUGCCACAUAGCAUGUGAAUUUAAAUGAGGCCAUUUCAUCUCCCUGAGAUCCAGUGUCCUUCGUCUUCAGUGGGACAGCGGUACAUCUCUCGGGGGGGCUAUGCAGAGGAGGAAAUGAAGCAGCUUAUGGAAGCACCCGCGCACAGUGGGAGCCUGUGCCAACCUCAGGCCAGGGAGAGGGGGACCCACAAUUCUUCACAUUUAAGCCUGGGUUUUCUCAAGAGAAGAAUGCCAACAGUGACGUCCCUGAAGUUCAAGAUCAGGGUGAGACUGCCCCACCGGCCACACUUCCCGCUCAAGGACUGCAG